AUGAGCGGACCAAAAAUUCAAGAAGAGAGAACGAAGGGAAAAUACUCCAAGAAAAGCAAAAGAAAAGGAAGAGCAAAAGUAAAAGAGCCCCACACAGUCAAUCUAAAAAGAAAAAUUAAGAAGACAAAGGCGAAUCCUCUGAAUUUGCACAUCGUGUUGGACAACUUUAUCAAAUUAUUGCACACUGAGUUUGCUAUGAAGGAUCUAGGACGCAUUCACCAUUUUCUUGGCAUUGAGAUCGCGCACACAACUCAUGGAAUGCAUCUUUCUCAAUCUCACUAUGCGCUCACCAUUCUUGAAAAAGCUCAAAUGGUAGACUGUAAACCGAUGAGCACCCCCCUUGAAGAAAAAACCAAGGGUCUUGAUAGCAAUAUUAUGUUGGAUGACGUUAGUUUUUAUCGCAGUAUUGUUGGAGCUUUACAAUAUCUUACCCUUACUAGGCCUGAUCUUUCAUAUAGUGUUAAUUUUGUUUCACAAUUUAUGCAUGCCCCUACCAUAUCUCAUCUUAAAAUGGUUCGUCGAAUUUUGCGAUAUGUUAAGGGUUCGAUUCAUCUUGGUCUUGAUUUUACUUCCCACACUACACUUGAUCUAUCUGCUUUUUCUGAUUCAGAUUGGGCAGGUUGUCCGUCAACUCGUCGCUCCACAACUGGAUAUUGCACCUUCCUCGGAAGUAAUCCUAUCUCUUGGUGUGCUAAGAAACAACAAACUGUCUCGCGCUCUAGCACGGAAGCAGAAUAUCGUGCUAUGGCACAUACUGCAGCUGAAGUAACAUGGCUGACCUUUAUUCUCAAGGAUCUUGGUGUAUCUCUCUCUCAAACACCAGUGCUUUAUUGUGACAACCUCAGUGCACUUCAUAUGACUAUCAAUCCUGUUUUCCAUGCUCGCAGCAAACAUAUUGAGCUUGACUACCACUUUGUUCGUGAGAAAGUUGCACUUGGUCUCCUUGUUACAAAACAUGUUCCUACUACCUAUCAAAUAGCUGAUGCACUUACGAAACCACUACCUAAAACUGCCCUUAAUUAUUGCUCUUUCAAACUUCGCCUCCGGCCCCGGCCAAGUUUGCGGGAGGGUAUUAACAGAUGCAAAGAAGAUGAGGAUUUGUCAUGGAGAGAUAAGGUUGGUUGA